AUGUCAUCUACCACCAAUUCACUUGACACCGACCAGAAUAUGGCCGCUCCUAAUAAUGGAGACACACCAGCCUUGUUCCAACUCCUUGCGCAGCUCGUACAAGGACAACAAGAUUUCGGACAAGCGGUGACUCAAAUUUUAAAUCAACCAGCAUCAGCACCACAGACACAGCCUGCGGCACCUCCCAAGGCAUCAGUCGCAGAGCCUGAUGUCUAUGACAGAAAAUACGACACCUUUGAUCCUUUUAUGAGCCAGCUCUAUUUAUUGUUCUCUGCCAAACUGGCCGUCUAUGUUAACGACCAGAUGAAGAUUGUCACUGCCUUAUCCUUUAUGAAAAAAGGCUUUGCAGGAACUUGGGCGACCAACAUUACAAAGCAGCUGAGAGAGGGAACUGUUACAUUCGCAAGCUGGACGGCGUUCAAGAGGAAGUUGAAAGAAGAGUUUGAUGAUCUAAAUAAGAAGCAAGCCGCUCAAGUAAAGCUACAUGCAAGUUAG